AUGGUAGACCUCCAUCGGUCUCUUUUGAUGCAGGCAUCAAGAGACUCAAGUACUGACACGCUUUGUCUGGAUUCGAGAGAGAGAUCAGCCUUAUAUAGCUCGCUGCCAGCAAAUUUAUAUGAUAUCAAAACCAAUCCAGAUGAACUCGCCGCUCGACCAUGGAAAAAACUGGCACGAUUUUUUGAAAAUGCCAGAAUAUCCACAUUGGCCUUAACAAAAAUGAGCAUGCAUGCAAAGUUUGGCGGUUCUAUUGAGGUAAUGGGUAUGCUAACUGGGAAGAUUGUCGGCAGCUCUAUUGUUGUGUGUGAUGUUUACCCGCUACCUGUUGAAGGUACUGAGACACGUGUUAAUGCUCAGAAUGAGGCUUAUGAGUAUAUGGUACAAUACUUAGAUCUUCUCAAGAUGGUUCAAAGAGAAGAACAUAUCGUGGGAUGGUACCAUCUGCACCCUGGAUAUGGUUGCUGGCUUAGCGGUAUUGACGUGGCUACGCAAAGUCUAAAUCAGAAUUUUCAAGAUCCUUACUUAGCAAUUGUUGUCGAUCCAAUACGAACAAUUCGACAGAGAAAGGUAGAUAUUGGUGCAUUUCGUGCUUUUCCACCUGGCCAUGCUUCCUCUAAAAAACUGAUUCGAAGCCCAUCCCACGUUGCGAAGAGCAAGCGUCAAGAUUAUGGGAUGCACGCAGAUCAAUUUUACCUGCUAAACAUUUCCUUUUACCAUGCGGUUUAUGACCUGAAAUUUAUCGAUACAAUCCUAGACAAAUCGUGGGUGUCAAAGCUUUUGGAGUCUAUUGAGGGCAAGAACGAUUAUCACCGCAGGUUCGUUUCCAAAGUUCAGGAAUUACUAAAGCUAUUCCAGGAGCCGAUACUAAUAGAAAGUAAGGAAUGGAGGCGAAUGCAUGAGCUUUGUGAAGAGUUUAUAUCACGCACCCUCGAACCAAGCAGCAACGCAUCAGAUAGCGACUCCUUGCAAGCGAUUCUUGAAACAGGAGAUGAAGAAGAUGAAGAAGAUGAAGAAGAUGUGGAAGAUGAGGAUGUUGACGACGAUAAUGAAGAAGAGAAUGAUGAGAAAAUCGAAGAGAAGAUGAGGGAAGAGGAAAUGGGGACAGAAAUGGAAAUAGGUAAGUUCAAGCUCACGGGAAUUGAGAAGACUAGAGAGGGAGAGGGUACUGUUGGACACGAUGAUGAUGAAGAGAUGAGCGGCUCAGGAAAAAAACGGGUGUUUCGUGCGUCGUCAACAGAAUCAAGAAGUAGUGCCAUUCAAGGGCUUCUGCGAAAGCGUUUUGCUGCUAGCGAGGGUGCUCUAAGCCAGCAGCUUAUCCAGAAAAUGAGUGCAACGCAAGCGGAACUCAAUGCAUGGCGUGAUAUGACAAAAAAUGUCGGCAAGGCAGAGUUCAAAAGCUUUUUGGCGGCAAAGGUGCAGCGACAAGUGUUUGGCGGAUUAUGA